AUGGCCGAAAGAAAGGAUUCUGAAUCCAAACGAGUUCGAAUUGAUUCAGUAUCAUCGCAUUUGGGUGUAAUUGAACCAAAUGAUGCUGCUGGCUUAGGGCAUCAGUUUGCUCAAGCUGAGCUUCGACGUGCAAUUGAUAAUCAGAAUGAAGAAUCACAAAGUUCAGAUGUACCAUUGAAGACGAUUCGACGUCAUCGUACCAUUUCUGGGUCUAAAAGUGAAGAUCACAUGCUUACUACGGACCGAGGACAGGUAUGUUUAUAUUUUUAUUUAUAUCUUUACAUUUUUAGUUUAACGUCAAAUAUUUUUUCUAUGUAAAUCAAUUGGUUUUUUGAAAUUUUCUUUGACUUACGAUAAUGUUCGUUACUUUUUGUGCAUUUUGGUAUGAUUUUCACAACUUUUGCUGCUAUUUUCAAGCUUAUCCUUUACGUUGUUAGAAUUUUGUCUUAAUUUUACAAUGACUUCUUCUUGUUUUUCAACUUUACAGUAUGUCCUUUUCAACAAAUAAAGCUUCCUUUACAAUACUCUUGCUUACAAUGAGCUACAGAGUCUGUUGCGACGACAGUCGCAUUGUUAAAAAAGGCGUGUGUAUUGUUUUGUGACCUACCGGACAUUAAAUGUUGACAAGUUAUAUCGGGGACUUUAAGGGGGCUUUAAGAUACUGUAUUUGGGGAUACUUGAAGUUAUUUGAACAUCCAUAAUAUUUUUUUAUCUGUUAAUUUUGACAAUUAGUCGAGUUUUAUUAACCCAAUUUUGAGGUUUUUACAAAACGAAGAAGAGACUUCGACACAGGGUCAUUUUGGAAGGUUUAAGCGAAGAAAUCGUUAAAAACGGCAGUUUUGAUUAGGAAAAAUAAUAACAGGUCAAUUACAAAACUUAAAAUGGCAUAGAAGCUCGAUUACAAAAUCAAAACUGAUUCCGUAAAUUAUCAGUUUGAGUUUCAUAAAGGCUAAUUUAGUAAGAGUCAGGUGGGUCGAAUUGCAAAACAAGGGCAGUGUUUUCAUUCUUUUUGGUUAGGUAUUGUUUUUCACUUCCGAUGGUUUUGUUAACGGAAUUUAUGUGUUUACUACCGUUUUUUUCAUGAGAUUCACACAAUUUUUCAAACACUUAUUUUUUAAAAUUUGAUGCGUGGGUUUAUCCUGGUCAACAAAGACUUAUAAAUACGUUUUUAAUGCUGCUAUGUUGGUGGGGGUCAACGUUUUUGUUGGGUUUUUUUGCUUUCAUUGAAGGGGAAGGGGUUGAUUAAAGUACCUAUCAACCAUACCUAUCUGUGUCUUUACAACUCACAAAUUUAUCGUGAGGGAUACAACUUCAACAGUUAUGAAGUUGACACGACACAGAACAGACGCAAUCAAAAAGCGAACAUAUACCGGCUGCCCCGCCCUUUAACAGUCAAACCGAAAAAAAAUCGCUUCGCAUAGACAAAAACGCGUAGAAUUGACCUUUUGAAAAGGAGAUCAGACUUUUUUUCAACCAUGUCCAAUUUGUUUUGACUAAUUUCUUAUUGUUGAAAAAGGCGAAAAAUGCGGCGACUAUCACUAUAUAACGAUUGAAGUUACACUGGGCUUUUUGGUAGGCAUAGUGGCGUCACUGGGGUCUUUUGUUGAAAGAGGGGGGGGGGAUGGUGAGGGAAAGUUUAAAGAGAUUAGAUUGUUUUUAAUGUUCACAAGUUAUCCUUCAUGAGGAUCUUAAUAAUCUUUAAUUUAUAAGAAAAGCUAAAAAAAUUUGUCAGGGGGGGGGGAGAUGAGACAGGUAGUUUUGAAAAUUUUUUAAAUACAAGCAUUUUUUAUUUUUUGUAAACAUAGUUCGCGCGGAGAUGCCAUUAAAACCUUCUUUACAUCAUUCUUUUCAGGACAAAAAUUCAAACUCGCACAAAAUUCUAAUCAAACCGGUACAAAUAUUCACCCUCUAUAAAUAGAUCAAAUCUUCUCAAACAUCUAUUCAAUCCAAAUACUCACUUAGCUCUUUUCACAUAUCAAGGAUUAGACUUGGGCGAUCUACUUCUUAUCUAUCAAGUCUAUCGUCUCUUGCUGUCUGAUCUGAAACAACCAUGAUGUUGGACGACUAUUCCGAAACGAUCUCAGACCAAAUCUAUUGUUUGCCGUACUCAGCUCGCAAUUCUUUCCAGAAGGUGUAUACGAAAGGCCGUCCGCCAUGGUACGAUCGUGCUGGCAAGCGUCUGAAGCAGCCCUUCUUGAUUGGAAUCUGUGGUGGGUCGGCUUCGGGAAAGACGACGGUGGCCAGAAGGAUCAUUGAGAGGUUGGAGAUGCCAUGGGUCACGGUGUUGUCAAUGGAUUCGUUUUAUAAGGUAAAAUACGGAGAUGUUAAAGUGUUGUGUAAAAGUUUUAAAUACUUAAGGAAAGCUAAUUAUUUAACUUAAUAGUACUUUAAGAACUAUUUAAAUUAAUUCCUCAACUAACCUCAAAGUAUUUUACUCAUAUUCAGGUCCUAAACACAGAAGAAAAAGAGCGUGCCAGUCAACAAAACUACAACUUUGAUCAUCCGGCCGCUUUCGACUUUGAUUUGCUGGAAGAAACCUUGAAGCGUCUUCGUGAUGGAAAGUCUGUAGAUGUCCCGGUGUACGACUUCACUUCCCAUUCUCGAGACAAGAAUGCCAAGGUUAUGUAUGGUGCUGAUGUUUUGAUUUUUGAAGGAAUUCUGUCGUUUUUCCGACCAGCCAUCGCUGACAUGAUGGAUAUUAAGGUAGGUUUUAUUGUAGUUUUUCAUUGUUUUGGUUUUAGAAAAUGGGUUUAUUUUAUUAAUGAAGAUGAAUUUGUAUGUUCCUUUUUGAAUUUUGGUAAAAACAGCUUUGUAUGUAUAGUUUAGAGAUUCAAAAAAUAAAAAAAAUAACAAAAAAACACAACUAAAAGGGCCAACAUAUACAAAAACACAUAAAAAUGACUAAAAUACGUAUUGUUUGUUCAGGUGUUCGUCGAUACCGAUUCCGACACCCGACUUGCGCGUAGGCUGAAGAGAGACACGGCCGAAAGGGGGCGAGAUACAGCUGGAGUAAUCGACCAGUACUUCAAGUUCGUGAAACCAGCCUUUGACAACUUUAUUGGUCCCGCGGCCAAAUUGGCCGAUAUUAUCAUUCCACGUGGCGGUGAUAAUGAGGUGGCCAUCGAUCUCAUCGUACGUCAAGUAAAGAACCAGCUAGCCGAACGUGGCUACGAUGCUACGAAGAAUCGUUUGGAAUGGUCGGCUUUGAGAAGUUCCCCACCAGCAGAGUCGGACCCAGUUUAUGGGCCGCUUCCACGGCCGGAUAACUUGUUCAUUGUUAAUGAAACUCCACAGUUGAAGGGGCUACAUACGAUCAUCAGGAAUCGUGAAACGCCAAGAGAUGAGUUCAUUUUUGUGGCUGAAAGAUUGAUGCAGAUAUUGAUUGAGUACGCGAUGACUUUCAUUCCUUACGAGCCUACGAUUGUUGUUACGCCCGAUGGAGAAAAGUAAGUAUAUGUCUUUAUAGUAUUGUAUCAGUAAAUACAUAGCUUUAUAAGUUUGUAUAGUUAGUUAAAGUUGUCACUGUUAAUAUUAUAAUCAUGAUUUGAUUUUCAGAUUCGAAGGCAUGAAGCGAGCUUCACAGAUUUGUGGUGUAGCUAUUAUGCGAGCUGGCGAAACCCUGGAACGAUCGUUGAGGGGAGUUAUCAAGGAUUGUAAGAUUGGAAAGAUUUUGAUUCAAACAAAUGAUAUCACCAAAGAACCAGAGCUUUAUUACCUUAGACUACCAAAGAACGUCAGUGAAUAUAAGGUGCUACUGAUGGAUGCCAAUGUUGCUACCGGUAAGUAAAAGAGUAUUUGGUAUUACACUGAAGCCUUAUAGGGUUAGACACACCAUAAAAUUGUGUUUUAAGCCAUUUUUAAAUGUAUUUUUUAAAUUUUUUUUAUUUUAGGUGCCGCUUCCAUCAUGGCCAUCAGAAUCCUUCUCGACCACGACGUCAAAGAAGAGAACAUUACCUUGUUGUCCCUCUUAAUGGCCGAAAACGGAGUCAAUUCCAUCGCCUAUGCUUUCCCAAAAGUCAAACUUGUGACCACAGCUGUGGAUAGUCGUAUCAACGAGAUGUGCUACAUUAUUCCGGGUAUGGGUAACUUUGGCGACCGAUAUUAUGGUACAGAUGCGGUUGGGUUGACUUCGGACAAUGAGAACGAUGACGCUACGGAAAGCACGUUUGGCGACGAUGAUGAAUUGGGGUCGGUUGAUAGUGCCAUCGAGGGAUCAGCGACUUCGGGGAAGGCACAGAGUGAUAGCGUCACUGUUAUCGCAUAG